AUGCAUAUUGAACAACUGAAUUCUGCGGGCGGUCCCCAACGCAUUGAUGAGGUCGAAGAGGCUAAAGAGACGACGCUCAUUGAGGCACACGCAAAUACGGUCGGAUAUAAAGAGUAUCGUGAAGGUCUGGGGAUUUCCAUCUCUAAGAAGGAGAAUUCUCGAGUCAGAUGGAAAAUCGAUCUCGUUGUUCUUCCAAUCUUUCUGAUCACCCAGGCCCUGCAAUUCAUGGACAAAACCGCCUUGAAUUAUGCAAACCUGUUGGGCUACCAAGAGACUCUUGGCCUUCAUGGCCAGCAAUUCAAUUAUCUAUCUGCGAUGGUAUAUGCCGGCUACUUCUUCGGACAAUAUCCCUGUGGGUGGCUAGUAGGCCGAUUUCCUGCCCAGCGAGUUCUUGGUCUAAGUUGUUUCAUUUGGGGAUUGAUGGUUAUCAUCAUGACUCAAUGCCACACCUUUUCGAGUGCACUUGCGGUCCGUUUCAUUAUGGGAUUGUUCGAAGCGGCAGUUACGCCAGGGCUGACUCUGAUGACCGGCUUCUGGUAUACCCGACAAGAGAUUCCACUCCGUCAGUGCAUUUGGUACUCUGCAUUAGGAUGGGGUGGCAUUGUCGGCUCCUAUAUUUGUUUUGGAAUCACAAAGCUGCCAGUUGAUUUCAAGCCAGAACGCUGGGAGCUAUUAUUCUAUAUCCUCGGAUCAGCAACGUGCCUCUGGGCAGCUGUCAUUGUAUUCGUUCUUCCUGAUGCACCCUCAAGCGCGUUUUUCUUAUCGAAGACUGAGCGCGUCAUUGGGAUCAAAAGAGUUGCAGGUAAUGAGACAGGUGUCAAGACAAAGACAUUCAACACCAAACAAGCAAUAGUCGCAUUGUCCGAUCCUAAAGCUAUCCUGCUUUUUGUCUCGGUUUUUGCAGCAGCGAUUCCGAAUGGUGUCGUCAACUCUUUUUCCACAAUCAUUAUCGAGGACAUGGGGUUCUCGAAAACCAAGACUACAGAGCUGAAGUCAGUCGGAGACGCAGUUGUCAUUAUCGCACUGGUUAUUGGCGGUACAGUAACACUGAAUAUACCAAACAGCAGAUUGCUUACUUCGACUGCGGCUAAUAUCCUGUGCACUGUUACUGCCGCAUGUAUGGCAUACUUACCACGCGAGCAGAAAUGGCAGAGACUGGCUUGCUUCUGGCUUGUUAAUGCACAGUCGGUAGGAUUUACAAUCUCACUUGUCACAAUAUCCUCAAAUAUGGCUGGUUACACCCACCGUGCUAUGGCGAAUGCGCUUGUUUUCACUGCGUAUUGCUGGGGCAACUUUGCUGGGCCCUUUGUGGUUAAGCCCUCUGAAGCUCCCGAGUACAAAGGUGCUACAAUUGGUCUUCUUGUUGGAUACGCAAUUAAGGCGGGCUGUCACAUAUGUCUAUUUCUUUACAUGCUUAUUGUCAACCGGCACCGAGACUCUGUCUAUGGGCCGGCGGAUAAGGCUCGGAGUGAUGAAGCUGGCAUGCAGGAUUACACCGAGUUCGAGAACAAGGAUUUUCGUUAUGUGCUAUAA